CACGUGACCACAACAAAACAUUAAUGGCGUCUACUGUAGCGGCUCGAUUCUGUGGAGAGUUUGCAGCCAAAACAGGACUGAGCCGUUUCCUGCAGAGAAUUUCUUGUCUGCGAAGCUGUAGUCCCUCCUCGGACCUUUUUUGUGAACAACAUCGUCGCUUCUUCUGGAGAAGGUGGAAAAGUCCACACAGUAUAGUUCGUCCGGCUACUGUUCGGCCUGCCUACCCAGUACCCAAGCACAUCGUUCAGCCAGACUACAUUGGCACUGGACUGGUCCCAGAAUGGCCAGACUACAUCGAGAUCAAAAACCAAGAGCAGAUUGAAAGCCUUGCAAGAGCGUGUCAGCUGGCUAGACAUGUACUGCUGUUAGCUGGACGCAGUCUGAAAGUUGGUAUGACAACAGAUGAAAUAGACUUCAUUGUGCACCAGGAAACGAUAAAGCACAAUGCAUACCCCUCCCCCCUCAGAUAUGGAGGCUUCCCCAAGUCUGUCUGUACAUCUGUGAACAAUGUGGUGUGUCACGGCAUACCUGACAGCCGCAAACUUGAAGAUGGUGACAUCAUCAACAUCGAUGUCACCGUGUAUUUGGAUGGUUACCAUGGUGACACCUCAGAAACCUUCUUGAUUGGUGAGGUGGAUGAGGUUGGGCAGCGAUUGGUGGAGACGGCGAGGCGCUGCAGAGACGAGGCCAUUGCUGUGUGCAAACCAGGUGCACAGCUCUGUGUUAUUGGAAACACCAUCAGUGAAAUAGCUCAGACCAAUGGCUUUCAAGUGUGUCCAUACUUUAUUGGUCACGGGAUAGGCUCCUAUUUCCACUGCCAUCCUGAGAUUUGGCACCACGCUAACGACAAUGACAUAACCAUGGAUGAGGGGAUGGCUUUCACCAUAGAGCCUAUAGUAAUGGAGGGGUCGACAGAGUUCAGAAUCUUAAAGGACAAAUGGACCGCCGUGUCAGCCGAUGAUAAAAGGUCGGCUCAGUUUGAGCACACGGUGGUCGUUACAUCAGACGGAGCGAAGAUUCUCACAAAACUACCAGGAGAGGACGAUUAUUAACAGAAACUGUGUGUUAACCAGCUAAAGAUAUAGUUAGUGAAAAUAAAAUGAUUGUUCUUCGAAUGGAAACAAUUCUUUAAUAUGUUGAACAAGUAGAAAGAUUUUAAAAAAGAGAUUUAAAAUUUUGUUUUUAAUCUUUAAGGAACAUGGUUUGAGCUGGAAAACAGGGUUAUGGUAUUUAUGGUCUUGCAAAAUAAAAAUAUUUUAAAUUA